AUGCGAGCUGGGUACCACCAAUCACCCCAGAUUAUACAGCCAUGGCAGUUGGUGCCUUAUUCAAGAUGUACAGAAAGUUGCUCCCCAGGUUACACCAAGCUUGUGAGAGAGGGAGCCCCAGUUUGCUGCUACGACUGUUCUCUGUGUAUGGAAGGAACAUAUUCUGUGCAAGAAGAUGCAGUCCAUUGUGAAAAGUGUCCAGAUGACCAGUAUUCCAAUAAUAAGCGAGAUCAGUGUGUCCCCAAAAAUAUAAGCUUCUUAUCCUUUGAAGAAUUGUUGGGACUCAUUCUGGCUUUCUUUUCCAUUGCUUUGACCCUAACCACUGCCUUUAUUCUGGGGAUCUUCAUUAAAUACCGAGAAACUCCCAUAGUCAAAGCUAACAACCGGGACCUCACCUAUAUUCUUCUGAUCACCCUCUUGCUUGCUUUAUUGACCCCCCUUCUGUUUAUUGGUCAUCCCAAGAAAGUGACCUGCCUUCUUCGGCAAGUCACCUUCAGUUUUGUUUUCUCAGUUGCCGUUUCUUCCUUGCUGGCAAAGACGAUUAUGGUGAUAGUUGCAUUUUUGGCCACGAAGCCAGGCAGUGUCAUGAGGAAAUGGCUGGGGAAGAGUCUGGCCAACUCUAUUGUUUUAUCCUGCUCUGGUGUUCAAGUAUGCAUCUGUAUCAUGUGGCUGGCAAUCUUUCCCCCAUUCCCAGAUUCUGACUUUCAUUCCCAACCAGAACACAUCCUGCUGCAAUGCAAUGAAGGCUCUGUCACCAUGUUCUACUCUGCUCUUGGCUACAUGGGUUUCCUGGCUGCUAUUUGCUUCUUUGUAGCAUUUCUGGCUCGAAAGCUGCCAGGGACUUUCAAUGAAGCCAAACUGAUCACCUUCAGCAUGUUGGUUUUUUGCAGUGUUUGGAUCUCCUUUAUCCCCACUUACCUGAGCACCAAGGGGAAAUAUAUGGUGGCUGUGCAGAUCUUCUCCAUCCUGGCCUCAAGCUUGGGUUUACUGGGCUGCAUCUUUAUCCCCAAAUGCUACAUUAUUAUCCUGAGACCUGCCCUGAACACCAAAGUGCAUCUGAUGAUAAAAACUCACUAA